GGCGACCCGAAAGGGGAAUCUUCAAGUUGAAUCAAGCUGAUAAUACACACAUAGGAUUCUCGAGUUCUCGUUCUUAUUUUAUUCCUUGUGAUCCAUUCUUCUGAAAUAGAUCAUCCAGUGGAUUUCUUGUCCAUCAAAUUGCUGCUCUCAUUGAGAACUCGAGGAAAAUACUCAGGAAAAACCUUCCAAGAAGACGAUGGUGCAGACCCGUAGCAACGUGAAUUUAGGAACCGGAGUCCCUCUCCAGGAUGAGAACAGUGCCACUGAAGACCGGAACCCUCCUAUCAGCAUGACGGAGGCGGAGGCCCUCAUUCAGAGGAUCGGGAUCACCGCAGAGCAGUUCAAGGAGGUGUUGGCGGCCUUGACCCAAAAUUGCAAGGUUGUGGUGGAGGACGCGACUGGAGAACCCGCAGGAGGGAAGGCUUGAAAAGGUAACCAUGCAAGUAUAGGCAUCGGAAUAUAAAACUUUUAACAUCCUAACAUGAUUAUCUUGCCCAGAAUCACGUACUAAAACUUAUAGUAGUAAGAAAUUUGUACCUUUCUUCGUAAGCGGUAAAAACGAAGAAGUCGUAGGAAGAGCGUUGAAAGUGCAAACGUAACCGUUCAAGCGUCCGGUCUCCAACUUUGACACACGAACAACGCUGGAGUCUACCACAAUCUUUAUGCUAGUAAAGAUUAUAGUAGUAUAAAAUAUAAAGAUUAAAAUUGGGAUAAUAAU